AAAAUCAAAUUGAGUUUUGAUAACUAAGGAUUAUUUUAUAUGUAAAAUAAAAAAAACAAUGUCUGAUGCUUUUGAAGAAAUUCAAGCCAUAAAGAUAAAAAGAAAUUGUUUAAGGGAGAAGUUGCAAAAAAGAAAACGAGAGAGACAUGAAUUAUUUACGUUAACAUCAAGGGCUUCUCUAUCUCUGUCACCUAAUAACGAGCAUCUUAAAUCACCAGGUCCAACGACAUCAUUAUCUUCCAAUCAUGCUGAAUACGAACGUGAUGUGUUGUGUAUACUUCAUGAGACUUAUCAAAAUUUACCGAUCACAUCAGCGGAACUUUUGGAUCAGCUGCGAAAAAAUUUAAACGCUGAUGUAUCACAUGCUGACAUUAAUAAAAUGUUAGAAAAGCUGGCUGCUCAGGAUGUUGUUAAAAUUAAGGAGGUAACCGAAGAUGGAGUAUUUGGAUACACGGUCCUUUCGUUCGCCGAAGCAGAGCCUCUUCAUGCGCAAUGUCUUCUUGAAAUUAUCGAGAAUGCAGAAAGUACGGAAUCGACAACAUCCGAAUUGAGCGACAAUGCACCACCAGAGAAACAAAUUAAAAUUGACACGAAAAAUACGGAGGAUAUAAUGUCGCUUAUAUCAAUGCCAACAAUUCGAGAGAAGGAAAACAAGAAAGUGGGCGAGCAGAUUUUGGAUUUACUUUCCAAGCAAACUUCCAAAGAAAAAUCCCUGGCAGAGAGAUUUCGUUCGCAGGGGGGAGCGCAAGUAAUGGAAUUCUGCCCCCAUGGUACACGAGUCGAUUGUGGAAAGCUCAAUCAGGGCUUCGCCAAUAAAUGCAAGAAGUUGCACUUUAAAAAGAUCAUUCAAGCUCACACGGACGAGUCGCUUGGCGAUUGUAGCUUCUUAAACACUUGUUUUCAUAUGGACACUUGUAAAUAUGUACAUUACGAGGUUGAUGGAUCAACCACUCAGCAGCAACAAAAUAACGUCGCCGCCGACGAAACAAGUGCGAAUAACGGAAGUAUCGAGAAGCACGUAUCGAAUGCUACUAUAGCGGACAAUUCGUCCACGUUAACUAAUAAAAAUAGCACGGAGCUGACCUUAUAUCCGCCCCAGUGGAUUCAAUGCGACCUUCGAUAUUUGGACAUGACGGUGCUCGGUAAAUUUGCAGUUAUAAUGGCAGAUCCACCGUGGGAUAUUCACAUGGAGCUACCGUAUGGUACGAUGUCAGAUGAUGAAAUGCGCCAGUUAGGUAUUCCAGCGCUGCAGGAUGAGGGACUCCUAUUUUUGUGGGUGACAGGUAGGGCCAUGGAAUUGGGUCGAGAGUGUCUUCAGCUUUGGGGCUAUGAACGAGUGGAUGAAAUAAUCUGGGUUAAGACAAACCAACUGCAGAGGAUUAUUCGAACGGGUCGCACCGGCCAUUGGUUGAAUCACGGAAAGGAGCAUUGCCUGGUCGGUAUGAAAGGGAAUCCGCGAAUUAAUAGAGGACUCGAUAGUGAUGUGAUCGUUGCCGAAGUGCGGGCCACGAGUCACAAGCCCGAUGAAAUUUACGGAAUAAUUGAGCGAAUGAGCCCGGGGACGAGAAAAAUCGAGCUCUUUGGCAGACCUCACAAUGUUCAGCCCAAUUGGAUUACAUUGGGAAAUCAAGUUGAUGGUGUACACUUGAUCGAUCCGCAAUUGAUAAGAGCUUUUAAAAAGCGAUAUCCCGAUGGGAAUUCGAUGAAACCUACGAAAACGUAA